AUGAAAAAGCAGUUGCUAGAGGUGGAUAAUGACAAGGAAAUGAUAGAAAGCACAAUGGGUGAACUGAGAGUGAAAGAGGCAGAAAUGGUGAGAGAAAAAGACAACAUGGAUAACAGGAUGGUAAGGUUCAAAGAGGAAGAGGAUAGAAUGCAUGAAGAAAUCGGAAGGAAGAUGGACAUCUUAAAGCAGGAAAGUUGUGAAAUCAAAAGACUUAGAGAUGAAAUUGACAGUGAAAAGGACCAGCUGAAUGCAAAAUUGCUUGAGUUGGAAAAAAUGCGUGAAGAACUAGAUAGAGAGAAGAAGGAAGUGAAAGACAGGAAGGAUGAAACACUGAAAGAGAAAGAUCAGUUGGAAGAGAGGGCAGGUAAGAUAAAUAAGGAGAAAGAGGAAUUGGAUAUCAGUCUUGAACUGAUGAAAAGACAAAGGGAAGACUUGACAAGCUUGAAGGCUGAAGCAGAAGCACAGACCGAGCCUAUGGAAAUAGAUUGGAAGGAAAAGCUCACGAGGGAAAGACAACAACUUGAAGAUGUAAAGGAGGAGAUACAGAAGGAAAAAGAAGCCUUUGAGAGAAAGAAGGAAUUGACCAUGAAAGAAAGAGAUGAGUUUGAUCUGAUGAAGUCUGAAACCCAGGGACAAUUGGAGGAAAUAGAACAAAACAAACAAGACAUUCGUGUGGAGAAGGAAAAGCUGGAUCAGAUCAAAGCUGAGUUAGAAAGACGGUCUGAAGACGUAAAUCAGAUCAUGGAUGAGACAAGACGGGAGAGGGGGAAGGUUGAAGAACUGGCUAUCCAAACUCAAAAACAAAGAGAAGAAAUGGUGGGUUUUAUGGAAAAGAGCAAACAAACGCAGAACGAACUGGAACUCAUGAAUGACAAGAUUGAAAGAGAGAAACAAGACAUUGAAGAAAGUCGAGAUGUGCUAACAAAGGAGAGAGAGGAGCUGGAACAAAUGAGGAGUGAGAUACAGCAACAGAGAGAGGAGACAGAAUCUCACAUGGAAGACCAAAGGAAAGAGAAAGAACAUUUGGAACAAAUGACAACGGACAUGAAAAAGCAGUUGCUAGAGGUGGAUAAUGACAAGGAAAUGAUAGAAAGCACAAUGGGUGAACUGAGAGUGAAAGAGGCAGAAAUGGUGAGAGAAAAAGACAACAUGGAUAACAGGAUGGUAAGGUUCAAAGAGGAAGAGGAUAGAAUGCGUGAAGAAAUCGGAAGGAAGAUGGACAUCUUAAAGCAGGAAAGUUGUGAAAUCAAAAGACUUAGAGAUGAAAUUGACAGUGAAAAGGACCAGCUGAAUGCAAAAUUGCUUGAGUUGGAAAAAAUGCGUGAAGAACUAGAUAGAGAGAAGAAGGAAGUGAAAGACAGGAAGGAUGAAACACUGAAAGAGAAAGAUCAGUUGGAAGAGAGGGCAGGUAAGAUAAAUAAGGAGAAAGAGGAAUUGGAUAUCAGUCUUGAACUGAUGAAAAGACAAAGGGAAGACUUGACAAGCUUGAAAGCUGAAGCAGAAGCACAGACCGAGCCUAUGGAAAUAGAUUGGAAGGAAAAGCUCACGAGGGAAAGACAACAACUUGAAGAUGUAAAGGAGGAGAUACAGAAGGAAAAAGAAGCCUUUGAGAGAAAGAAGGAAUUGACCAUGAAAGAAAGAGAUGAGUUUGAUCUGAUGAAGUCUGAAACCCAGGGACAAUUGGAGGAAAUAGAACAAAACAAACAAGACAUUCGUGUGGAGAAGGAAAAGCUGGAUCAGAUCAAAGCUGAGUUAGAAAGACGGUCUGAAGACGUAAAUCAGAUCAUGGAUGAGACAAGACGGGAGAGGGGGAAGGUUGAAGAACUGGCUAUCCAAACUCAAAAACAAAGAGAAGAAAUGGUGGGUUUUAUGGAAAAGAGCAAACAAACGCAGAACGAACUGGAACUCAUGAAUGACAAGAUUGAAAGAGAGAAACAAGACAUCGAAGAAAGUCGAGAUGUGCUAACAAAGGAGAGAGAGGAGCUGGAACAAAUGAGGAGUGAGAUACAGCAACAGAGAGAGGAGACAGAAUCUCACAUGGAAGACCAAAGGAAAGAGAAAGAACAUUUGGAACAAAUGACAACGGACAUGAAAAAGCAGUUGCUAGAGGUGGAUAAUGACAAGGAAAUGAUAGAAAGCACAAUGGGUGAACUGAGAGUGAAAGAGGCAGAAAUGGUGAGAGAAAAAGACAACAUGGAUAACAGGAUGGUAAGGUUCAAAGAGGAAGAGGAUAGAAUGCAUGAAGAAAUCGGAAGGAAGAUGGACAUCUUAAAGCAGGAAAGUUGUGAAAUCAAAAGACUUAGAGAUGAAAUUGACAGUGAAAAGGACCAGCUGAAUGCAAAAUUGCUUGAGUUGGAAAAAAUGCGUGAAGAACUAGAUAGAGAGAAGAAGGAAGUGAAAGACAGGAAGGAUGAAACACUGAAAGAGAAAGAUCAGUUGGAAGAGAGGGCAGGUAAGAUAAAUAAGGAGAAAGAGGAAUUGGAUAUCAGUCUUGAACUGAUGAAAAGACAAAGGGAAGACUUGACAAGCUUGAAGGCUGAAGCAGAAGCACAGACCGAGCCUAUGGAAAUAGAUUGGAAGGAAAAGCUCACGAGGGAAAGACAACAACUUGAAGAUGUAAAGGAGGAGAUACAGAAGGAAAAAGAAGCCUUUGAGAGAAAGAAGGAAUUGACCAUGAAAGAAAGAGAUGAGUUUGAUCUGAUGAAGUCUGAAACCCAGGGACAAUUGGAGGAAAUAGAACAAAACAAACAAGACAUUCGUGUGGAGAAGGAAAAGCUGGAUCAGAUCAAAGCUGAGUUAGAAAGACGGUCUGAAGACGUAAAUCAGAUCAUGGAUGAGACAAGACGGGAGAGGGGGAAGGUUGAAGAACUGGCUAUCCAAACUCAAAAACAAAGAGAAGAAAUGGUGGGUUUUAUGGAAAAGAGCAAACAAACGCAGAACGAACUGGAACUCAUGAAUGACAAGAUUGAAAGAGAGAAACAAGACAUUGAAGAAAGUCGAGAUGUGCUAACAAAGGAGAGAGAGGAGCUGGAACAAAUGAGGAGUGAGAUACAGCAACAGAGAGAGGAGACAGAAUCUCACAUGGAAGACCAAAGGAAAGAGAAAGAACAUUUGGAACAAAUGACAACGGACAUGAAAAAGCAGUUGCUAGAGGUGGAUAAUGACAAGGAAAUGAUAGAAAGCACAAUGGGUGAACUGAGAGUGAAAGAGGCAGAAAUGGUGAGAGAAAAAGACAACAUGGAUAACAGGAUGGUAAGGUUCAAAGAGGAAGAGGAUAGAAUGCGUGAAGAAAUCGGAAGGAAGAUGGACAUCUUAAAGCAGGAAAGUUGUGAAAUCAAAAGACUUAGAGAUGAAAUUGACAGUGAAAAGGACCAGCUGAAUGCAAAAUUGCUUGAGUUGGAAAAAAUGCGUGAAGAACUAGAUAGAGAGAAGAAGGAAGUGAAAGACAGGAAGGAUGAAACACUGAAAGAGAAAGAUCAGUUGGAAGAGAGGGCAGGUAAGAUAAAUAAGGAGAAAGAGGAAUUGGAUAUCAGUCUUGAACUGAUGAAAAGACAAAGGGAAGACUUGACAAGCUUGAAGGCUGAAGCAGAAGCACAGACCGAGCCUAUGGAAAUAGAUUGGAAGGAAAAGCUCACGAGGAAAGACAACAACUUGAAGAUGUAA